AUGGAGGACAACAAAUACAGCCAAGACUAUCCGGAUACCAUAAAAGCCCUUGCGGAGCAGUUUCCUGGGCCCCAAAGCCAGUCUUUAUACGCUUGGGUCAAGUGGCAGACAGCCGACCCAACAUGCAAAGACGAGCCGGCAUACAUGACGGAGGAUGACUGCGUCCAGAAAUUUCUCAGUGUGAUCAAUUCAUGCGAUACAGUUACCGUUGAAUCAAAGCAUGGUGGCGCUAGAGUCACUGACUGUCUCGCAUGGAAGGUACAUGUCAAAGGGGACGGUGGAUAUAAUCCAUCAACCAGCAAGGGCGUUGAAUGCUCUAAACGGGUUGAGGAUCUGGACCAAUGCGACUGCACUGAUGGUAUAAUUCGCAACGUCGAUGCCAACGGCAAUUGCCCCGGGCCCCUCGACCCUGGCUUUGAAAGGACAAGACGCAAUCCUAUUAAGUCUCUCCCAACAAUCAGAAAACUCGAAAAUUAG